ACCCUCCACUUCUACCUCUGAUUUUAUAAUAUGAUAUCAGAGCCAUCACCAUCAUAACUUUGAAUGAUGAGAAAAAGUGAUGCAAUUUUCGAAGAAGCUAAGGGGUUACAGUAUCUGGUACAGAGAGCUAUAAAGGAGGAUAUGAUGCAUGGGAUUGAGAUUGGGAAGAGAGGUCUGUCCGUAUCGUUGCUCCAGUUUGCUGAUGAUACAGUUAUUAUAGGUAGAGCAGAUGCGAAGAAUAUACGUACGGUGAAGGACAUCCUAAAAUGGUUCGAGCUUAUGUCGGGAUUGAGAAUUAAUUUCAGCAAGAGCAGUAUUUUUGGGUAUAAUGUGUCGGAGAAAUGGCUAAAAGGAUCAGCGGGUAUGUUACACUGCAGGGUUGGCCGACCACCCUUUCUUUAUCUGGGAUUGCCCGUAGACGGAAAAUCUGGGAACAAGAAAUUAUGGGAGCCGGUUGUAAAUAAAUUCCGUUCCAAACUCGCUGUCUGGAAGGCCGCUACUCUUUCUUUUGGAGGCCGCCUCGUCUUGCUAAACUCGGUACUCUCUGCACUUCCUAUUUUUUAUAUGUCUUUAUUUUCAUUACCUAAAUCUGUGCUUGCGGAGUUGACUAGAAUCCAAAGGUGUUUCUUAUGGGGCGGGGCAGAAUUAAAUAAGAAAAUUUCUUGGGUGAAAUGGGAUCAUGUAUGUCAAGCUAAGGCUAAGGGGGGUCUUGGGGUGCCUGAUUUACAAAGAAAAAACUCGGCAAUGUUAGGAAAAUGGUGGUAUAGGUUAGGCGACGGGGUCGAGAGCUUAUGGAAAAGGGUGGUGAGGGAGAAAUAUUAUGGUGGUAGGAGGGAGGUCGAUAUUACUUCGGUUGAGUGUUUCAAGAUGUCUAAGAUUUGGAGGGACAUUAUUAGGAUAGGGGGCCUCUCCCUCAAUCUUAGAAAUAUGUUGGUGGAGGGUUUCAAGUGGGAGGAAGAGGGGAGAUGGCGUUGGCGGCUGGAGUGGAGGAGGGGUACAUUAGGGCGUGAGAAAGAUGAGGAGGAGCUGUUGGAAAAGAUGCUGGAGGGUGUCAAUUUAAAGGAGGGGGCAGGGGAUGUUUGGAAGUGGAUGCAUGGGUUAGAUGGUAAAUAUGGGGUGAAGCUAGCGUAUGAUUUCUUAGCUUCUUCGGAGAGUGUCUUGGAGGACCAGUUAUGCAAAUUAAUAGGGUGCAGAUUGGUGCCAUCCAAAGUGUUAAGUUGGUGGGGUUUGGAAUCUGUUUUGCCUAACACUGUAGGAGGCAUGGCAGAGUUUUUCAUUGGUAGUUUGGGAAGCAUAAUUGGAAAGGAGAUGGGUUCUUGUAUUUUCCUAGUGGUCGCCUGGUACUUAUGGUAUAGACGGAAUAUCCAAGUGUUUCGAAAAGAUGAAGGAUUACCAGAAAACCUGCUGGAAAGGAUGCAAGUUAAAACAUUUAUAUGGAUCAAAUCCAAAGUUAAUGGCUGUGUUUUCUCCUUUUUCGAAUGGCAAUCUUGUCCAAUGGAGUGUGCUAUGGCUGCUUAUAGAUCAAUGGCUUCCAAAAAAGCUCCAUGGAAGGAAAAGGAAGGUUUGAAAAUGGGUACAGAAUUUAGUAUCUUCAACUAUUACUACUUUGGCUAAGAAUUUGAAUCAUAUGACUAGAGCACACCCUAUCCCUUAUAUCAUUGAUAUACAUCCCCAAGUUAUGUAGGGUGUGAAUUAUGUUGUAUGAUAUUGUUCACUUUGUAAUAAAAUUAAUUUACUACC